AUCAGACCACGAAUAAGAGCUAGUCCAGUGGUCAGAGGAAUCAGAUCAGUCAGUGACAGAUAACUGUGAGUCGAGUUUUAUUCUGACUAACCUGAAGAUCAUUUCAACAUGAUUUGGUUUGUUUUGUUAUUCUGUGGCUUGGCUUUGGCUCAGGAUCAGAAUACUGCUGUAAGAGUUUUUGAAUCAGGAGGGUGUUGGACUGACAUGUGUGAGCUCCUGAGAAAGGUUAAUGCCAUGUCUGAAAUACUUGACGCUAUGAAAACCAGAAUGGAUGACAGUGAAACCAAACUCCAGGCAACUGAAUCAAGGCUGCAGGCCAGUGAAACCAAACUCCAGGCAACUGAAUCCAGGCUGCAGGCCAGUGAAACCAAACUCCAGGCAACUGAAACCAAACUCAAGGCCAGUGAAUCUCGGCUACGGAACAGUGAAAAUCAGAUUCGUGGACUGAUGAACAAGGAAACAACCAGAGUGGCCUUCAGUGCAGCAUUGGGAGGAAACGCCGAAAACUUCGGACCUUUUAACACCCGCACAACUUUAAUCUACAAAACGGUGAAAACAAACAUCGGGAACGCCUACAAUUCAGCCACAGGUAUCUUCACCGCUCCUGUGGCAGGUGUUUAUUACUUCACCUUCUUUUAUAAUGCCAACAGUACACAUAAAGCCUUUCUGAUGCUCUACAAGAACUCAGUUCAGAUAGUCUUUAUUUGGGAGAACAGUUCAAAAACAGAAAGUUAUGAUAGUGGAGGAAAUGCUGUGUUUCUUCAGCUGAAGCGAGGAGACCAGGUGUAUGUGAGAAUGGGUGAAAAUUCACACAUUUAUGGAGGCAGCUACUAUACAACUUUUAGUGGUUUUUUGGUCUCUCAAAUGUGA